ACAACAGCUACCUCUUUUUACGGCUCUCAGCUUUCAAUCUCCAACAUUGAACUCUCAAGCUACCCACCUUACCUAACCGACUAUCUUAAUUCUAUUUUAAUACCAAAUACAAUUUUGUAUCAUCACCAACACCAUCAUCGUCGCCUUCAUCGUCAAUUGCAUUUUCUUUAGCAAUUAUUCUCCCAAUGUCCUCUUAAUUCCCUUUCCUUUCGCUCCUCUCUUUCAUCCCGUAUUCUCCGUAUUUAUAUGUCUCCCUAUCGCCCCUCUUCCGUAUUUUCUCAUCGUCGCCUGUAUGAUCGCGCCCGUCCUUAAUCGCAAUGGAAGAUCUCCAAAGAGCUGAAUACCCGGCUAUGCUGGCAAACCUUCAUCCUAACCAAGCCGUACACUCUCUAAACGACCGAGUCAAGCGCAUAUCUAAGGUCAAUACCGAGAUCGCCGAUUGGUUGCAGGAGCGUCGAAAAGUAGAGGAACAGUAUGUCCUAGCAUUAAAGAGGUUGACCCAAUUCCGGGUUCCUAAUGCGCAGUCCGAACUCGGAACUUUCCAGUCACAAUGGGACAAGAUCCUUCAGUCCGCCGAUGCCGUUGCCAUGUCGCAUCACAUUUUCGCCACUAAGAUCGAAAAAGAUGUAGAAGCGCCCUUACGAACAUUCGGCCAAAAGAAAGAAAUGCUCAACAUCCAGACCAUCCAAAGCAACCUCCAAAAUAUGGCUAGGGAACUAGAGGAUGCCCAAGAACGGUCUGAGAAAUUGAGUAAGAAGGGCGGCAAAGCUAGCGCUCAGAAGGUAGACCUAGCAGCUGGGAAGCUAGACUCGGCGACUCAGCAAUGGGAAUCACAAGCGCCAUUUAUUUUCGAAUCUCUACAAGCCGUCGACGAAAGCCGAAUGAACCAGCUACGUGACUGUCUUACCCAGUACGGAACCUACGAAGGGGAACUGGCGCAAAGUCACCAAGCUGAAGCCGAGACUGUGUUGAACAGUUUGCUAGACUACAACACCGCCAACGAGAUCCAACACUUCGUUACGAAGACCACUGCCGGCCGACCAAAGAUAGAGAAGCGAGCGACUUCGUCGCGACAAAACUCUGGUUUUACUGGCCCGACUUCAUCACUAGCACCUCCUAGUAUCCAUCCAUCUGCAGAUGAUCGUAGUGACCAUUCUGUCUCUAAGGAAGGACCAUCAGAAAAUAAGCUACGUAGUCGAAUUGGUACUAUGCUUGGCCGAAGACGACAGAGCAUACAUGGCGGUUUUGGACCGCUCUCACCUGCAAAGGGUCCCUUUGGAAGAAACAUAAAGAGCGCGCAUGGUAUAUCGCCAAGAGCUUCUUCGAGCAAUCUUGGCGACUCAACGAACCGGUUAGGAUCGCUGGUGGAAGACCCGGAUACGAUUGACACGCCCUCGAGGGCCUCGCGAGCGUCCGAAGCAAGGGAGAAGUCUAUCAAUGACGGUACGAACGGUAUGGGCCGCGAUGGCCCUACGGAUGUAGUACCACCAGGAACGGCAACAUCGACUACGUCUCACGUGAAUGGUACAUCACUUGCUGAUAUUGCCGACGUCCCUCCUCCUCCGGGACCUCCGCCAUCCCAGAAGGAACCGGAGAAAGACUCUGAGGGUUUUAGCGUGCCAGCCCCCGCGAACGAUCCGAUCUCUCAGGCCCAGAGAGAAGCAGCUGCGCAAGAAGCCGAACAACUAUUCAGACUCAACAUUCAAAAAGAACCCGUGGCUGAAGAGGACCCGGAGGAAAAGAAGGCCGCGCUUUCCAACGUUGCGAAUAGUCUCUCGGCUAUGGGAGCACCGGCUCGUAGAAUGGGCACGGUCAGAGGUCGAAGAGACGUGCGAAACACUAUCUAUGUUCCUGCCCCAGUCUCUGAGGGCUCUAUGGCCGAAACUCCAAUUCCUUUUGCUCCUACGCUACAGACCAUAUCAUCCAAGCCCGCUGGGGUCGCUACUCUUGCUUCUGAAGCUAGCAUUGCAGGCACUUCGGACACGCAGUCAAUCCGAUCUGGUAAUUCGCUAAGCAGCAUUGUUCACGUUAAGCAUCCUGACAUGCACGAACCUGGCCUUAACUCUUCUAUCAUGGAGACGGUUUCAGCAAAUUUUGAAAACGGUCAAGUUCAGGCCGUCAAGGUCAAUGGCGAGAUCGCCUUUUCAUAUAAUGCUUCAGAUUCUUCUAACUUGACAUCUCAUAUACCCAUUCGUAUCAACAACUUCCCUGCCCUUGAGGUUAUCGGCCCCAACCGCAUUUUUGUUACAAACGAUACCCCUGAUCACUCGGAACAAUUUAAUUUGGACCUUUCACAUAUUCAUAAGACAUCAAUCGGCUUCUCGUACAGACUUCACGUAGAACAGGAGACUGCCGCCGCAGAGCACGUGCCAGUGUUACUCAACCCUGUAUGGAAGCCACAGGGGGAUAAAUUGGGGUUGCUACUUCAAUACAAGCUCAAUCCAACUUUCAAACUCGCCAGCGGAGGCUCAAGCGUGCUAGUACAUAACCUAGUACUCUUCGCCUCCUACGAGGGCAAGGCAUCAGGCGCCCAGACGAAGCCAUCUGGGACACACCUAAAAGACAAGCACCUCGUAUACUGGCGCCUCGGCGACGUCACCCUAUCUCCGGAUUCCGACUGGCAAAAGAUCGUGUGCCGAAUAGUAGGCGACCAGGGCGUCGAGCCCAAACCGGGUACCGUUGAGGCACGCUGGGAAGUCACACCGCCAUCAGACGCUGCCGAGAGUGCAAACGUAAUCUCAGUGUCUCGCUUUGAGGAGGGCAAAGGCAAGGAGGCCGAGCUUAACGAAGACGACCCGUUCGCCGACGAAUCUACCACCAACACCGAGGAAGGAAAAUGGGUUGACGUGCCCGCCGUCAGGAAACUCGUCAGCGGGAAGUACGAGGCAAGGUAGCUUCGUUUUAGCUCAGUUCCAACGCCGUAUCAUUAAUCCCAUCUAUAUAUAAAAAGGAGAGGAGCUUGACGAGGGAGAGAUGAGACGAGAGCGGGGGAAAGGAUAGUUGGCUUUUCGACGGUGGAACAAUAGGGAGAAAUUUUCUUGUCUGUCUUGUCUGAACGACGAUGAAAUGC